AUGCCCGACCUAAAGGUGAACGUGGUGAGCACCUCCUUCGAGGGUUGCGAGCUUCUCGAGCACUUUGUCCGCUGCAGCAACUACCACGAGUGGCGCUUCAUAGAGUACGACUUCGGUCGCCACGCGGGGCGGAAGAUGCUGCUGCCGCUGGGGCAGGUGCCCCUCCGGGGCCAGGAGAGGUGGGACCCGAUGAACCUGGGCCACAGGGAGGACGGGCUCUGGAAGGACAUCAAGAGCAACCUCUGCGACAAGUACGGGAUCACCUCUUUCCACACGCUGCUGCACCUCUCGAACCCGAUGUUCGAGCGGGUUGCGGCCGGGAUCAACAUGAAGAGGGAGGACAGGCAGUACUUGACCGACAAGAGGGCCAGGAUGCGGCAGGAGUGGGGGAUGAAGCGUCAACCGGGGCUCAAUUUCAACCACCUCAAAGGCUUGGCCACAGAGAUUGUCGAGCAGAUGUUUCAACAUUGGGACUUCAAGGCGCAGCUGCAGGGCGCGCUGCAGAGCGACUUCCGCGCUCCCUCCACCAUCGAGCACCUCUUCCCCCAGAAGAAGAGCGGCAGUGACUGGUACAUCAAGAAGCAUGUGAAAGCAUGCGACAUGCCAAAGUUCGAGGAGAUUCUACAGGCAGUUCUUCUUCCUGUACGAGACCACGGGUAA